AAAGAAUCUCCUGAACAUCGUCACUCUUGACAGAUGGGACUGCAUACCAUUUUCGCAUCUCCAAGGUCGUCGACGGGGCAUCCAUCCCAACUUGGCAUUCGCCGAGGUAAGUCGUUCAAGUGAGAAACCACUCACCAUCUUUCGGGUAACGAUCUGCAUUCUGCAUUGCACAUGCAUUGUGCACAGAAACAGGCACCUUCGCGGAUGCUGGCAUUGCAGGCAGACCAUGACGCUAUCGUUGGAGUCGGUGGCGGUGGGAAUCAAACGUUUAUCGGUCCUCGCUCGCGCUCUGUGCAGUUGACGUUUCCCAAGACGAGCUUGACCUUGCCAGGUUGAACAAAAACCAAAAGCCUUUCGACAUCCAAAGCAGUUCAUCAGUUGUUUCCGACAUCGAUAGAACUUGCUACCCAGCGGCUCACAGUCGAUUGCCUUGCCAUCGAGAAUGACGGUCCAAGUGGGAUUUUUCCCGUUCAUAGGGCUUGUCGCCCUCGCUGGUGUGCUGGUGGGCAGGCAUUCGCCGUCUUUGGAUGUUGGUACAGCUCUUAAGAUCUUGCUGCCCUCAGCCACUGUCCUGUACACGAUCUACUACAGUUGGAUUUAUCCCUUCUACGUCUCACCUUUGAGACACAUCCCGACUGUCCCAGGAUUCCCGCUUUGGGGCCAGUUCUUCACCAUCAUCACCACCGAAGUUGGCGUCGCCCAACGCGAGUGGCACCAGAAAUAUGGCCCAAUCGUGCGGUACUUUUUCCCUUUUGGCAGCGAACGGCUCUCAGUGGCCGACGACGACGCGAUCAAGCAGAUGACAGUCCGGAACCCGUACAACUAUCCUAAGCCUGACCGAGCAAGAGCUUGGAUGCGACCUGUUCUCGGUGAUGGUGUUUUGCUCGCCGAGGGUCAUACCCAUGUGGUUCAGAGAAAGGCUCUCACGCCGGCUUUCUCUAUCACUUCGAUCCGAUCUCUGAUGCCUAUUUUCUGGGCAAAAUCUCUGCGCUUGGCUCAACUCUGGGAGCAAGAGAUUAAGGAGUCGAGAUCCGACAGCAAAUGCUUCGAGGUGCUGGAAUGGCUCAACAGGACAACCCUGGACAUUAUCGGUCGUGCUGGUCUCGGAACCGAUAUUGACUCCCUGGACCACCCGGAGACGCCGCUGCGUGAUGCAUACCGACGAUGUUUCGACUUUAACCUGCAGGCUCGGAUCAUCAACGGUCUCGCGGCUUUUACCACUUUGGUCCGGUUUCUGCCAGCGCGCGCCAACCGUGACAUCCAGACGGCCCGAAACAUCAUUCUCAGCAAAGCAUCCCAGAUUAUCCAGGAAAAGCAGACCGAUGCGGACAAGAAGCAGGAGUCGCGCCAGAAGGACAUUAUCGGACUCAUUGUCAGGGACAACAUGGCCGCAAGCAAGGAGGACACUCUGACUGUUGAGACCAUGCGGGAUCAGGUCAUGACUUUCCUUGGAGCAGGACACGACACAACCGCGACUUCGGUGGCCUGGACGCUUCUGAUGCUGGCCAAGCACCCGGACGUGCAGACCAAGUCGAGAGAAGAGAUCCGUUCCCACAUGCCCUUCCUGUUCGACCAGGAAGCUCGCUACAACAAGGAAAACAUCGACAAGGCCGAUGUGGACUUGCUGCCUUACCUUGAGGAUGUUUGCAAGGAGUCUCUGCGUUACAUCCCCUCCAUCCCUAUGACAGUACGCAAGACGAUUGCAGACGACACCUUGGCCGGCUACCACAUUCCUGCCGGAACCACCAUCUACCUCAUGGCCAACGCCAUCAACCGUCUGCCCAUGUACUGGGGUGACACUGCCGACAAGUUCGAUCCCUCUCGCUGGCGUGAUUUGCCUCCCACCUACACGACCAACGCUUUUAUGACUUUCUUGCAAGGGCCACGAGGCUGCGUCGGACGUAAAUUUGCCGAGGUCGAGAUGAAGACGAUCCUCUGCUCUUUGCUCAGCAAGUUCCAUUUCGAGCAAGACCCUUCGGUGCAAGACCCGGAGGAACUGAAGAUGUGGAGGCUGGUACUGCGACCCAGAGAUGGGGUCAGUCUGAAAGUCUCCCCGCUGAAGGUCUAGGGGUGAAGCUUAAUAAUGGCCGAAACAGACAUGGAUGGGGGCCGAUCAUCGAGAGGAGGGUGGAUCGAUGAUGCGAUCCCUGUUGCACAACUGUAGCAAAUUCUGAUAGCCUCUUCGGAGUUGGGUAGAUCUGGCCGGAUACUUGCUUUUGCAGGUAGUGUUAAUAUUCCUGGUUACAUGAUUUCACGCGUCG